GAUGGCAGCCUCCGGUGUUCCACAUGCGGGAAAUAUUUCCGAAGAUUCAAUCAAAAUUAAAGGCAAGAAAUCACUUAGUGACAAAGAUAAAGAGAAGCGAUUAAUAGUCAUUUUACAGAAGGCUUCAUUGGAAACAGUAAAGGUUGGCAAAGCUUAUGAACUCUUGAACUGUGAUAAACACAAAAAGAUGAUUGGCAAAUUCAAAAAAGACCCAUCAAAACUUCGUCCUGACAUUACACAUCAGUGCCUCUUGAUGUUGAUGGACAGUCCGCUUAACCGAGCUGGGAUGCUUCAAGUCUACAUUCAUACUGAAAAAAAUGUGUUGAUUGAGGUGAAUCCACAGACAAGGAUUCCAAGAACUUUUGAUAGAUUCUGUGGUUUAAUGGUUCAGUUACUUCACAAACUUAGCAUCCAUGCCUCUGAUGGCCCGAUCAAACUUUUAAAGGUCAUCAAAAACCCAAUCACAGACCACUUACCUAAUGGGUGUCAGAGAGUUGGGAUGUCAUUCAGUGCAGAUAAGGUUGUCGAGCCACGAACCCUGGUACCUGAGGAUGCUCCCUUGGUAGUGGUGAUUGGUGCAAUGGCUCAUGGCGCAAUUGAUGCUGACUACACCGAGAAGAAUGUAUCCAUCAGCAAUUAUCCAUUAUCGGCUGCCUUGACCUGUGCAAAAGUGUGUUCAGCAUUUGAAGAACAAUGGGGCAUUGUCUAGAUUCCUCACUUUCUUUUUUACAUGUAAAUAUAUAUGUCAUAUAAUAAAAUGAUGUCUCAAA